AAUAUACAUAUCGCUCACAAAUGGAACUUACACAAAAUCCUCUGGAGAAAAUCUGGGUGCCGUGGAUGAGCAGCAGACUGAGACAGAGAAGAGGCUCAUCAGUUCCGCAGUUCACCAACUCUCCCACCAUGAUUGUGAUGGUUGGUCUGCCUGCCCGUGGAAAGACCUACAUCUCUAAGAAACUCACACGCUACCUCAACUGGAUUGGCGUUCCCACCAAGGUGUUUAACGUUGGACAGUACCGAAGGGAUGCCGUUCACACCUAUAAGAGUUACGAAUUCUUCCUCCCAGACAACGAAGAGGCCAUGAAGAUUCGCAAAGCGUGUGCUCUGGCGGCAUUGAAAGACGUUUGUUGUUACUUCACUCGGGAUCAUGGACAAGUUGCAGUGUUUGAUGCGACCAACACAACAAGAGAACGUAGAGAGGUGAUUCUCACCUUUGCUAAAGAGAACGGCUAUAAAGUCUUUUUUAUUGAGUCUCUUUGUGAUGACCCAGAAAUCAUUGCAGAAAACAUCAAGCAAGUGAAGCUGAGCAGUCCUGAUUACGUUGACUGUGAUAAAGAGGAGGCUGUGACUGACUUCCUCAAGAGAAUAGACUGCUACAAACUCGCAUAUGUUCCUUUAGAUGAUGACAAAGACAGGAACCUGUCAUACAUUAAGAUCUUUAACGUGGGCAGCAGAUACCUGGUGAAUCAGGUUCAGGAUCAUAUUCAGAGCAGGAUCGUCUACUACCUGAUGAACAUCCAUGUCACCCCUCGCACUAUCUACCUCUGUCGUCAUGGAGAGAGUGAACUCAAUGUUUCGGGGCGUAUCGGAGGUGAUUCCGGUCUCUCUGCACAAGGAAAGAAGUUUGCUGCUGCUCUAGGGACAUACAUCAGGGGUCAGUACAUCCUGGACCUGAAGAUCUGGACCAGUCACAUGAGGAGAACAAUCCAGACUGCGGAGGCGAUUGGAGUGCCAUAUGAGCAAUGGAAAGCACUGAAUGAGAUUGAUGCUGGUGUGUGUGAGGAGAUGAUGUACGAAGAGAUUCAAGAUCACUUUCCUGAGGAGUUUGCACUCAGAGACCAAGACAAAUACCGGUACCGCUAUCCAAAGGGGGAGUCCUAUGAGGAUCUGGUUCAGCGUUUAGAGCCUGUAAUCAUGGAGCUUGAGCGCCAGGAGAAUGUUUUGGUCAUAUGUCAUCAGGCCGUCAUGCGCUGUCUGCUGGCAUACUUCCUGGACAAAAGUGCAGAUGAGCUGCCAUAUCUGAAGUGUCCUCUGCACACGGUGAUGAAACUCACUCCUGUUGCCUAUGGCUGUGAUGUUGAGUCCAUUUUCCUGAAGGUUGAAGCAGUGAACACACACAGAGACAGACCUGUGAAUGUGGAUGUGGACAGAGAUCCAGAGGAUGCUUUACUGACUGUACCAGAACACAACUAGACAACAUCACAAGUUCUCCUCUUAAUGAUGACAUAUAUG